AUGGCGUCCACAGCCAAACGAACCGAAGACUGCCUCGCAGAGCUCGAGGCGCAAUUCAAAAAAGCCAAGACCCCUUCCAGCGUCCUCCUCAUCCUCGGACGCACCGGCGCCGGGAAAUCAUCUCUUCUAGAGGACCUAUCCGGGCUCAGCGGCUACUCCGAACAGAACGCUGACUCUGUCACAAAAGCCACAGCCCUCUGCAAAGCCACCAUCAACAACCACCCAUACUUCAUAAUGGACACACCAGGCUUCGACCCAGGCGCCGAACAAGCCACAUUCACCGAGAUCGCGCGCGCCCUGACAUCCAUCCAUCCGCCCCUUCGCCCGCAUCCCGGGAAUCCUCUACCUAACCAGCAUUGCGCAAGAGCGAUUCGACAAUUCCGACCGCAAGCUCCUCCAGUUCGUCCGCGCGCUGAGCGGCGCCGCCCGGCGUCUUCGGAGCCUGCGGGGGAAGUGGGAGGAGGGCUCCAGUUUGGGGCGCAGGAGCUCAAGACGUACCAGCAUGGUCGGGCGUAUGAUGCCGGUGAGGAUACGGGGGCUGUCAUCGAUUGGUUUAUGGACCGUGGGCGGAUUGCGCGGGGGGCGAGGGACAUGGUUGUGCGGAAUUAUGGGGCGUCUAUGGCUGGGACCGGCGUUGCGAAGAUUGAGAGGGAGCUGGAUGGUGAUGUGCCAAUUCACGAUACGGAUGCGGGGAGACUGCUCGGGUUGCCUGCCCCGUCGUCGUCGUCGUCGUCGCAGUCUGGCAAAACUACGGAUGCGGAUGCACCUGCACCUGCGGCAGCAGGGUCGACUGGGGUUGACUCCCCUCCGAAGAAGACUGGCUCCCAGUCUGAGCCCAGAUCUGGCUGGCAGGUUUUUCUCGACGGGGCUGCGUGGUUUUUCCGCAACGUCGAGGUCAACGUUGGUGUUGGAGGUGGAGAUGGACGGGGUGGAGGGAGUAGGAAGGGCCCUCGCUUCAAUCACGGUGAUCCGUUCAGCGGAGGUGGAGGUUAG